AUGUACAAGCGCCGCGACUGGAAUCUUUUCAACGAAGGCGCGCGCGCAGACGAGUCCACGGACGAGGACUCCGAUCCCGACAACGACGGCGUCGGUGCCCUGGAUGACCUCUCCGACGACUCUGACCUCUCAUCCGGUGACGAUGAUGACUCGGGAUCGGAUGACGACGACGACGAUGACGAUGACGACGACGACUCCGCCGACGACGACGACGAUGACGAUGACGAUGACGAGAGCGAGGGCGAGGAGACCCCGACAGAGCUGACCAUGAAACCCCCCAAGGAGGUCGCGCCCGACAAGGGCAUCGCGGUCAAGUGCAAGCUCUGUCCCGGAGUCCUCUGCCUAUCCGAGCAGUCCCUGCAGCAGCAUCUCACCAGCAAGAAGCACAAGGCCCGCAUGGUCAAGGCUGGUCUCACCGUCGACCCCAUCUACCAGACGGCGCCGGAUGGCCGCGCGGUGCGCGAGGACGACGAGUUCCCCGACAUCGAGGGAUACUCCGACGGCGAGGCCGAGACGCACGCCGAGCGCAUCGCUCGGCUCCGCGCGUCGAAGAUCCUCGCCGACCCGGACGCCGAGGCUGUCGCGGACGUCGACAGCGACGGCGAACCGAUCCACGCAAAUCCAAACGAGAAGCGAUACCGGCUCGAGGACCUCGACUCGGCAUCCGACUCGGGGUCCGACGGCGGCUCGGGAUCGGACGAGCCGGAGGGCGGGUACGUGCACGAGUCGCUGCUAGCUAAGAAGAAAGCUUCGGGAACAGACGGAACGUACGGCGGCGAACGAAAGAGCGGCGCGGGCGGGCGGCAGCGCCAACGGAAGCGCGCCAAAAACGGAGGCGACGACGACGCCGGGCCCAAACGGAAAGGGAAGCCCGGCAAGAGGCAGCGCGAGGCGAUGAAGGCCGCUCGCGAGGCUGAGGCGGCGGCCGAGGCCGAAAACAAGCCCGCGGAUACCCGCCCGAGGAAGAACAGGGCCAAGCUUCGCGCGGAGGCGGAGGCUGAGGCGGCGGCGUCGAGGAAGGGGGCGUACGACUUGACGGCGGAUGACCUUCGCGUCGCGGCGCCGACGUUGGACCAGGCGAGGGGCGCGAUGAAGGCGUUGCGCGGGGGGGGACGCGGGGGGGGACGCGGGGGAGGACGCGGGGGGGGACGUGGGGGAGGACGUGGGGGGGGGCGCGGGCGGGGACGCGGUGGUAGACGGUAG